GUACAUGGAGGUCUUGCCAAGCACCGAGGAGGGAGGGGAAAUUUUAAUGGCCGUCAGCAGCAGUUCAAAAUGCAAAAACUCUUGAUUAACAGCUAUAUUUAGACUGUAAUAGCUUUUGAUGCUAAUCAGACUUUUAUUUUGGCAAACAACAUCGUUUAUUUUAACAUAUGUCAUAUUUGUUAUGCCGUUUUUAUCGCACGAGACGGACUUUACCCGCUUGAUUUGUGCGUGAGUGGGGGAUCAGGCCUAGCCGGCUGAAAACAAGCGGAGGGGUUAGUUAGUCACCGGAGUUGAAAGGGAAUAUGUAACAUACCGUUACAAACAUGACGUCAAGAUUUGGUAAAACAUACCACCGCAAGGGAGGGGAGGCAAAUUCCAAGUUUGAAGAAGUCAUCUCAAAUAAAAGGCCUACUCUGACCACCAAAUGGGGGGAGACCACUUACAAGGCUCAGUUGGGAGCCAAAAGGCCCACACUGAAACCUGACGUUUCUGAGUUUCCCAAGAGGCCGAGGCUUGAGCACAGUGACAGUGAAGAAGACCCGUUUGGGUUCGACAGCGAUGAAGAGUCGAAGACUGUCACGUCUCACAAUAUGUCUGAAACGAAAAUCACAGAAGGCGUUCCAGCAAAGAUGGACCCCACAAAGGUGGAUGCAGUGCAAGAUCGAAAGACAAUUCCUAUUGUGACAGCUGCACAGGGCUCUGCAAGUUCAGCAUCUACUUUCACAAGUAAACAAGCAUCAGUAGAGAAGGAUAUUAAAAGCAACCAGCCGUGGUACAAAACUGGUUCUAGUGGCAUCCAGAAGCCCGCGCCCAUGGCCAGUCUGUCAGAUGUGGCUCCUUUUGAUCAUCCAAACUUUUCUGUGUCUGAGAAAGCUGUUUCUGUGUCUUCAGAAGUACAUACCUCCAUCAAAUUCUCAGCAGAUGAACCGAGAGGUAGUGGAGACCUUCAAAACCCCCAUGAUGGGCAUUUGUCAGAAGAAAAUAGGAGUGCAGAAGACCUUUCAAUAGAGCCAUCACCAGAAAUAGUGGACAACAUCCCUCCUUCUCCAUUUACGUUAAGAGCGUCCAAUUGCAAGAAAUACCAGCGGCCUGGCCGGGCUUGCAAAACACUAUCUGAACAUGCUGAAAACAACAGCCACCAGUCCACGGAUGCAGCGAGUGCCCAAGAUAAAGCCAGCAGUGCCCUUCCUGCUAGUUCAAGUGGUGCUGCUGCCAGUGCUAAAACAGCAGUCAAGCCUGCUGGCAGGGGUGGUGGGAGAGUGCGGGACUACACUGUUCUUCACCCUUCCUGUCUGUCAGUGUGCAAUGUCACAAUCCAGGACUCAAUAGAGCGGGGAAUCGAUGAACUUGCCACUCCAGCUGCCCCUGCUGACCUCGGAGAAGCAGGGCAGAUGAAGAAAAAAUCGGACCCGCAGCCUGCUAAACUUGCCAGGUUCCGGCCCACACAAGCAAAAACAAAGAAAACCAAGGCUGAGACCAAGCUGGAGUUCUUCGGUUUUGAGGACAAAGAGGGCGAAGAAGGUAAUGACAGUUCAGAGGGAGUCAUGGCAGGCAAAAGUAGCUACAAGAUCAAGUACUUUGGCUUUGAUGACCUGAGUGAGAGUGACAGCGAUGAUGAAAGCACUCAGGCCAAAGAAAAGAAAGCCAAGAGGGCGGCAGCGGCUUUAAUGUCUCUGAGCUCCAGUGUGGACAGCCCCCAAACCAGCGAUUCACAGGACAGUCAGGCUAGCAGCAAUACAGACACUUUUGAGUUUGCUGAUGACUCCAGUCCUUGUGGGGCUGAUGGCCAGAAAGGACGACAAGGGAAGUCCAGUGAAAAAUCAAAGGAUGCAGGCACUGGUCUCAAAAAGAUUUUCAGUGGACCCAAAAAGUCUCCUUCCAAAGCUGUUUACAAUGCCCGCCAUUGGAACCAGCCUGAGCCUGAGGAGAUACCUGUGCCUCCACUGUCCCGGUCUCAGACGGCUCCGGCCAUGUUAUCCAGCAGCAGCAAGGACAGCAACUCCCAUAAAGAUGAUGGCGUGUUCAAAGCCCCCCCACCGCCCCCCAAAGUCAUCAAGUCAGAGACCAUCCCCACGCGACUUAACCAGGACAUCGUGACGGCGCUAAAGUGCAGGAAGGAACACAAAGAGCUGUACACCGUAGUGCAACACGUGAAACACUUCAAUGACGUGGUGGAGUUUGGUGAAAAUCAAGAGUUCACAGACGACUUUGAGUACUUGGAGACUGGCUUGAAGAGCAGUCAGCCACUUAACACCAGAUGCCUUAGUAUAAUCAGCCUGGCCACACGCUGUGCAAUGCCUAGUUUCAGGAUGCACCUGCGAGCCAGAGGAAAGGUGGCGCAGGUUUUCAAAAUGCUCAGCGAUGCUCCCCAACAUCCAAACCUUGCACUUUGCACAGCUGCCCUGAUGUACAUUCUGAGUCGUGAUCGCCUCAACAUGGACCUGGACAGAGCCUGUCUGGAGCUGAUGAUCAAGCUUCUGGAACUGGACCAGGACUACUCAGGCCACCAGGAUGAGCUCACUGCAAAGGAAAUGGCAAAGGUCAAGGAGAAGAUCCGGAGGCUCUGUGAGACUGUGCACAACAAGCAUCUUGACUUGGAGAACAUCACGACGGGCCAUCUAGCCAUGGAAGCUCUGCUUUCUCUGACCUCUAAGAGAGCUGGAGAUUGGUUUAAAGAAGAGUUAAGGCUGCUGGGUGGCUUGGAUCACAUCGUCGACAAGGUUAAAGAGUGUGCAGAGAACCUGAGCCAAGAGGAUGACAAGGAGAAGCUCGUUGGGUCUUUAUGGGGAGCUGAAAGGUGUCUAAGAGUGCUCGAAAGUGUGACGGUGCAGAACCCUGAAAACCAGGGUUACCUAAUCGCCUACAAAGACUCUCAACUCAUUAUCUCCUCUGCCAGAGCUCUGAGAUGCUGCGAGGAUAUGAUCCAGCGGUACAGCCGGACGGUAAACAACAGCCCCGCGCCGUCCUCUGGUGAAACAUCGCCCCGCGGCAGCUGCAGUAACGUGGGCAAAGCAGUGGAGGACUGCAUGAGGGCCAUCAUCGGGGUGCUGCUCAAUCUGACCCACGACAACGAAUGGGGAAGCACCAAGACUGGCGAGCAGGAUCAGUUAAUAACGACCGCUCUGAAUUGUAUUCUUCGGGUUCCACGCUACAUCCCACAGGAGCAGCGCUUCGAUGUGCGAGUACUGGGAUUGGGUCUCCUGAUCAACCUUGUGGAGUACAGCUCCAGAAACCGGCACUGUCUGGUAGACAUGGAGUACAGCAUCGAUGACACCUGCUUGGAGGACAGCCUAAUGCAGCCUUCUGACUCAGCACAAUUGGACGCGGCAGCACAGUCAGCCGACACUCAGGGAGACGCGGCUGACAAGCCCAAACCCUCUGGAGCUUUGGCUGCCCUGGUGAAGUUCUUCCUGGAGAGGGAGCGCGCUGCCAUCCUGGCUGAGGCAAAGACUGACGAUCUCAUCAGUGAGGCGCCCAAACCGGCGCUGGACCAAAGCGGCGAGUGGCAGGAGACGUCGGGGGAGAUCCAGUGGGUGGCGUCUGAAACUAACAACACCCAGACAGAAAAGAAAGAGGAGGAAGAUGAAGAGCUGGAUCUAAAUAAAGCUUUGCAGCAUGCAGGGAAGCAUAUGGAAGACAGCAUCGUUGCCUCCUACACUGCUCUGCUGCUGGGCUGCCUCUGCCAGGGCAGCCAGGUAAAUGUGACUACUGUGAGAGAACAUCUGCCAAAAGGGGAUUUCUCCAUCAUGACAGAAAUGCUGAAGAAGUUCCUGAGCUUCAUGAACCUCACUUGUGCUAUGGGGACCACGGGACAGAAGUCCAUCUCACGGGUCAUUGACUACCUGGAGCACUGUUAACACCCAGCAAACCCAAACUCUGCACAUUUGAAGGGGAUCGGGAUGCAGCCCCGCCCCCUGCUUCCUCACACCGACCCAAAAGGAGGAGGGGGGGGGGGCAGCUGAGUCUCACUCCUUUGACAGCUGGUCACUCAAAAACAAAAAAAAUCUCUCAAGUAGAUGCAUACACUCGUGUGUGAACACAAAUGCAGAAGUUCCAAUCUCUUUCUGGAGCACAGCCUGAACCAAAGUCCCGCUAAAGCUGACGGACACGUCGUCUUUUCUCCAUCGUCUCAGCGCCACAGAUCCAAUCCAGGCUCGGACUGGGAGACAUAAUAAUCCAGCCGGCAUCUCAAUAAUCCAUGCAAUGUCACAUGGGAGGAAAUCAAAGCAGACCUUUCCACGGACGGCCCUGAAAGGCUCGACAAAAGCAAGUCCUCCUGGGAGCAGACUGCUGCUCGCUGUCAGCUCUUGAUUUCUGGUUGCAUAGCAAGAGUGUGAAGACCUGAAUCAGAUUUCAUGGAUCAUUACAUUUUAAUUUCUGCUUAUCCACAUUCAAGCCAAGGGUGAAAUCAUUGAUCAGGAGAAUCAUUUUCAUGGAUGUUAGAAUGAUGUCUGCAUGGAAACAGAAAAUGGAAGGAUUUCUGAAUGCAAACAUUCAUUUCAAUGGAACUCCUUUUUGCAGGUAGACUGAAUGUUUGAGAGGAUUUUUUGACGUUGUUUUAUCGUGCUGGUUUCAUGUUUUUUCCCCUCAAUGUUCUUUCCUUUUGACAUGUUUUGAGAUCAGUCUUUUAUUCCCUGAAAUCUUCUUCAGUUUUUUGAAAACCUUGAAGAAAUCGAGACCAUACAAUUUUCCCAACUUGUCCUGCUUUUGACUGAAAGACCGCCUUUGAAAAUCGGCAACGGGUUCUUGGGGGGGGGGGAAAACGCCACGUUUGCCAAUGUAUCGGUGAGGUUGCAAUUUUAGUUUUAGAUCAUUGAAAUCUCGCUUCACUCAAUGGUGUUGAAUUGCUGUAUGGAUUUUAAACUUAUAAGUUGAACUCACCUGAUGGAUUAACCUGAUGUUGGUUCUGCUCCAUUUUUUUUCUUGGUAAUGAAAUUUUAAAAUUAUAUAUUUAAUUUAAUGCUUUUACCUUCUGUUUGUGGAAUCCAUCGGUAUAAUAACUUUAUUUAAUAGUUGAGUGGCUGAACAUAAAAUAUGUAUUUGAAUGAUUUUGCAAAGUAAUAGCUUUAGCUUUAACCCCCCCCCACACACACACACACACACAACUUUUCACAUUUAUCUAAAAUUGAUUUGAAGCUCAUUGAUUGACGUGGGGCUUUUGGAACUGUAUGUUCAGCCACAUGCAGCUUUUCUCCACCAAGCUCUCAUCUGUUUAUUCUGCCGCCAUGUCAUUUACCUGUGAUUUCUGCACGCCAACCUCUGUGGAGCGACUGCUCGUACGUGUCUGAACCCAACGACAGCCAUACCUGUAUAAACAUCGCUUGUAACUAGUUUGUAGAGCUGCAGUGAACACGAUCACAACUUUGUUUACUGACGUUUGCUUUGGAAAACUAAACAGAGUUUUAGAAUGUAAAUACUCUUGUACAUAGCAGUUUAUGGACGUAUGAAAUAUUCCAGCUGCCCCCCCCCCCCUCCCCUUCUUUUCUUGAAGCUGAUAUUUUCUACAAAAAGUCAUGAGUUUGAAGAAAAAUAAAAUAAAAUUUAAAAAAAAUGUAGGAAGAGAAAAAUGUUUGUACCUGUUUUAAGAACAUUAUUUCUGGUUACAUGUAAAUAAUUGUAUCUCCACAAAAGUGAAAAAAAAGAAAAAAAAUUGCUACUUUCAGAAA